AUGCUCACACAGAUCGAGCUCCUGCCACAGAUGGAGUUCCAGAGGUAUUUGAAGCUCAUCCAUCCAGGAAUCACCGCUCUUCAAUCGGACAAUCCAUCUGCUUCUACUACUUCAAGAAUCACAGCGGCUGUAGAUGUGGUUUCUUCUGGGACUGUCUUCACCAAUGCCAAAGCUGAGGUGGAUGGAACACAGGCGCAGACAGGAGCAAGAGAUGCUGCUGACAAGGCAGUGAAGGACACAAAAUUGGAGUCUUUGACCAUGCGACUGCAGCGGCAUUCUGGUUUAGCAACCAGCCUGGACAUUGUUUUCUCUGAUAGUGACAAUGUGUUCAAGAGCGAUCCAUUUUUGCCAUCUUUGACGCUUGGAAACAUGAUUCGUUCUGGAAAAUACGAGUACAUCUAUGGGCGAAAAAUUGAGCCCGGCAACCAGAAGAUUCAGAACUUCAACCCUGAUGCCUACCACCAAGAGCCCAUAAAGGCAAACACUGGCUUUUACUAUGUAGCAGGUGGUAGGAAGCAAAAGAUUGUGCAACAGGUUUUUGACAAAGGUGUGAAAUGGUGCAAUGACCGUCCUCAUAUGGAUGACCAAGAGAAUUUUUGGGAUGCUUUGGUUGACACACGAAGGAAGAAAAAGUUUCAGCAGGACUAUUUGGCAUGCUUCCGGCAUUGCAAUAGCAGCGCAUGUGAUGGCGUGGAAGAAUCCCAAGUGUUCAACUACUGUGAUAUGAGCCCUUGGGAGUAUGUACUUGGCUGCUUUACUCCGGCCUCUGUGUUGGAAGAGCCAAGAAUGGUCUCUUAUCAUGCUACCCAUGUGGUCGGAUGGCAAUCAAAGCGGAAAAAACUGCAGAUGGUCAACUUGUGGGCCUAUUGCAAUGAGACUGAAGUGUCAGAAAGCCCGGUGAAAGGGCCAAAGUAG